AUGCAGCAGGAUAUCAUCAAGGGGAUUGCGAUUGCCAUUUUGUUCGUGUUUACCGUCUUUGCCGGUUUGGUGCCAUUGAAAAUUCGUCCGGGGUCAGGGACCGCCAGCGUACGGCAGCGAAUCCUCAGUUACUGUAACUGCUUCGCUGGGGGAGUAUUUUUUGCGACAUGUUUGUUAGAUUUGCUGCCGAUGAUCCGAGAAAAGUAUGAAGAAGCGUUUAAUCUGGCUGGUAUCCAUCCGGUAUUUCCCGUUGCAGAGUUCACGACAUGUAUGGGUUUCUUUCUCAUCUUGACUGUAGAACAGAUCGUUCACUCUUGCCAUGGUUCUUCCUUGCUACACGUAUUGCAUGGCGACCACACAACGAAACAGCCCCUUUUGAAUAAUACUCCAGAUGAUGGUUUCUAUUCGGGUAGCGAAAGGAAAACACGAAAGAAAAACAAAUACGGAGAGUCGAGUUUGAGAACUUACAUAUUAAUCGUCGCCUUAUCGUUGCACUCAGUAUUCGAAGGACUAGCACUGGGUUUGAUCACAGAUGUCGAGCGCCUGGUACAAAUCGCCGGAGCCAUCGUGAUACACAAAUCGAUCAUUGCGUUUUCGUUAGGUGUGAACUUAGUGUAUCACGAAAUGCCAACAAAAACCGUCGUCAAAUCAUCUAUACUGUUUGCAGUCAUGGGCCCGAUUGGCAUUGCAAUUGGAAUUGCGGUGCUACACAACUCUACUGAAUUUACAAGCAGUCUCUACUCAGGCAUUUUACAAGGAAUUGCAAAUGGAACUUUUUUAUUCGUGACAUUCUUUGAAAUCUUCCAGCGAGAGCUGUCAGAGCCUGGCAGUCGUCUUCUCAAGGUACUAGCUAUAAUCGUUGGUUAUUCUGUGGUGACGGGCUUGCUGUAUUAUUCAAAUAUUCUGGAACACAGCGAAACGGACGUAGAGGUGAAUCAAAAAUGAACAACAACAAAUGCGACUGUUCUACCAAAUGUUGGAUCUUAAGUUGUGUUUAGAGCCGCAAAACACUACUACAGAAAUACUCUAUCUUUUCCCAUAAGGAAUGGUAUAAUGUCGUAACUAUUUGAUUUCAGAAUUAUUAGCCUUCCAUAAAUUUUAGAAAUAGAGAAGUGAACUUUCAUGAAUACACCAGGAGAGAUCAGAGGACAUUGGAAACAAUACCCUCAUCUACCCUCUCCAUGUUUAAUAAUUAUUGUAUGGUACAAAGACCAUAGAACAGAGACUUAAUGAUGAAAGACUUGAUUGUAUCUGUGCAAUAAAAUUGCAUUUUAUCAAAAUCUUGGUUAUUUAAUCCAGCUUGGUCUAAUUGUUACAAGCACAUGUCAGUGAAAGAGUUAAUGACCAUUUUCAGUAACUCUGAAAACAAGACUUCAAACAUUGUAUCUUAACGUUAUGUAAUUAUCUAAACUCCUCUUUGAUUAUGGACAAUGAUGGCUGAAGCUGUCUUGUGAAGGAUGUAUUUUUGAAUGUUUGAUAAUGAUUGUUAUGCAGCAUUCCAGGCAACAAAAUGUGAGGUGUCCAUGAUAAAUUCAUCACACUUGCCAAAUAUUUUUUAAGAGAAAUCUUUAGUUUUCCCUUCCAGUUAUUAUAGAUAAACCUUGUUUUUAAGUUGUUAACACAAAGCUUAUGAAUUCUUUCAUGUUGCUUUGGUUUACAUGUAAUCACAAUUUUGCUUUCUUAGUUCUUAGUUGAAGAUUGAUAAUAUAUUACUAGAGCUGCAUGCUGAUGUCAUUGUAUCAGAAAACUGCACAGACAAGACUAAACAACACUAGUUUGUCUCUGUGUUUAGAUACAAUCAUUUCUUAUGAUAAUGGUUUCAAAGAUUAUACACACAAAACUUAUUUUUAACUGAGGAAUCUGAUGAUAAUAUGUAAUUAAGAGUAUCUAAAUUUAUUAUUUGUGAAAAGCAAUGGUGACGAUGGUUCAAUAAAAAAAAAAAAGAACAAGCCUUGAUCCUUGGGGGUUGAUGUUCUUGGAAUUUGUCUUGAUAGUAAACUGUUGAGGUAGCACUGCAGACUGGGAAAAAAUGAAGAUUUUUUAUUUUGUCUUUGUACCAAUUUGAGGGAAAUUUCUUGUAAGUCAAUUUUAAUUUACUAUGGCUUGUAAUUGAUGUAAAAAUUUCGACCUGUUUUCUUGUUCAGUGAGAUGGAAAUCUGAAACCAUUUGUGACUUGGACACUUGCUUUCUCACAUACAUGAGUCUAUUUUCAUAUGUUCAUUUUUGGGGUUGUCGUUACCUCUUUCUGAAAAUGUCUCCUUAGUUGAAAAAGGCAAAACUCCAACCAUUUUCAAGCAAAAGUUACUGAGAAAGAGAACUUCAAUUACGGAAAGUCACUUGAGUAAACACUAAAUUCUUUAAGUUGUUGGUAAAGAAGUUAGUACUGAAAAUUAAUAUUUAGAUCUCAUGAAUGAAAGGGUGAACUCAAUGUAGAGUGCUAAACUGCCAUACUGUCACUUGGUAAAAGUAAAGCCUUUAUACAGGCCCAAGUGGCCCAUGGGGCUGGCGCUUAACUCUGGUUUCCUUAGCAUGAAGCAGCUAGGAGUAUUGCUACUCCCCCCUGGAUGGGAUGCUAGUCCAUCACAGGGUUACCCCCAGCAUUUUUGCUGGUACCCAUUUGUACACCUGGGUGAAGAGAAGCACUGCGAGAGUAAAGCGUCUUGCCUAAGAACACAACACACUGACCCUGGCCAGGGCUUGAGCCUGGACCAUUCAAUCCGCAACCAAGCACGCUAACCAUGAGACCAAUGCGCCUCCACUACACUGUCACUUGAUGAUUAACAAAUGUCGAUGUAUUAUAAAAUGAAGUCUCUUUUUUGUGCACAAGUAUUCUCUUCAUAAUCACUCAUUUGUCAGCCACUGAGUUGAGUUGAAAAAUUUACCCAAGGGAUGGAGUAAAGUUUGAUGGCCCCUUACCACCCCCUCCCCCCAAACCAAAGGACGAUUCUUCACCUUCACUGGUUUGCUGCCAACUGUGGUUAACCCUUUGCUAUCAGAGACCUCAUUACAAUGGCUACUGUGUCCCUAUGAAUGGUUUAUGAAUUUGCUUAGUUUUAUACCCUCUGCAGUAACAAUAACCACUUGAGAAGGCACUGGUUACAAAUUAAAGCAACUUUUCAGUAGUGUCGUAGUUACAUGGGAAUGAUGAACAUGUGAAAACUACAGGAAAAGUGACUGCUUCACUCAGCAAAAUCUAUGACAGCUUGUUCAAGCUUUUGAAAUGCUGGGGAAAAUAUUAAAUCUUCUUUACCAAAACAUCAGUUAAAAGAGGAAAUACAUCAGCUACUGGACACUUUAAUUCAAGAAGAUGUGGACACACGUACUUAACUCUUUAACUCCCAGAAGUGAUUAACAUAAAACUUCUCCCUACAAUGUCCAUACAUUCUUUGGCAAAUAGGUAAUGAGAAUAUUCAAACUUAUCAGGUAGAAGCUGCUAUCUUGAACACCAAGUUCUUGUAACUAAUUUACAAAGAAAUGUGUAGCAGCUACAGGGGAGAAUUAACAAUCAGAUCUUGGGAGUUCAAGGGUUAAAUCAACAUAUUUAGUAAAUCAUAACUUUUAAAAUUCAUUUCCUUUAUUUCUCCUCUAUUGUAUGUUGCAGGUUGCAAUUUCUAAUUUACUUAUUUCAAAUUUAUUGUACUUUUUGGUGUCCCUGUGUGUACUCUUUUAAAGCUUUGACAUUUUAAGGUUUUUUUCCUCCUACCCUGGUUAGCUACAAUGCUAUUUUGCAGACACAAAAAAGUAUAUCCUAUGUGUCAUUUCAUAAGUGGUAAUACAUUUGAAUGACUUAAAAUUCUGCAAAACAGCAACAAACAUUUUGUAAACUGUUACAUGUUCUUUAAUGUCAUGCUUGAAGAAGGAAAAGAAGAGCAUUAUCGCUGAUAAUCAAAUAGGGUGGCACUUAUCACUUAUCAGAGUUUGUGUCAUAGCACAUACAACAUAAUAGUUUUUGUGAGUUAAUUGAUGGGUAAUUAACUAUGGGAGCUCUUUGUCAAAGUUUCCAAUAUAUGUGUGAAGCUAUCUAUUGCUUACUAAUACCACUCAUUCAACUUAAAUCAAAAUGCUCUACACAAUUUAUUUGACUAUACUCAGAUGUCAACUAAAGUCACCUGUUUCAGACACAAAGAACUUUGAAGUUUAUACCAUUAAUUGUUGAUAAUACUCUUAAAAUUUUUUUAAAGCCAUUAAGUCCCACUAGUGACCUAGACAGAAUUUCUCCUUACACUAUCAAUGUGAUAUCAAGCAGACUAGUAAUGAGAAUAAAGAAAAUAUCAAUUAGGGGAUUAUUGGUUGAUCCAAUUCCAAAUUCUCAAAACUAACAUCACAUAAAUUGUUUGGCAGACAGUAAGGAGAAAUACUCAUGAAAUCUUGGGAAUCAAAGGGUUAAUAGUAAUGCAAUUCUCUUGAUCUAAGGUCAUCAAUGAAUAAUUUAGGUUAAAAAAAUGUACUUUAGUUUAAAAAACACCUGGUGAUAGCUUUUAAAGAGAUUUCUUAAAUAAUCUAGUGGGCUAUCACUAUGGGCAAAGCAUCCAAAGCUACAGUCAACCUUACUUUUCCAAAUUCAAAUUUUUCCAUGAUUUAAAAGUAUGUCAUGGUAAAAUAUUGCUUUAAUAUUGUACAACUCAAGUGUGCAUAAGAAAACAAAGCAGACAUGAGAAAAACAAGACAUUGCGAUGUUUUGAAUUGCCAGCUGGAUGAUUCACCUGCCUAUAACAUUUGUUUUGCAUGUCACUAUUACCAAAUGUUGCACAGAAGAAAUAAUGUUAUUCAUCAAACUUCUGUUUCAUUUUGAUCUGCAUCAACUUCCAUGCGAGUUUCAUCUGCCUGGGACUUUGUAUCCCCUGUCUGGGUUUGGGAGGAAUCCUCCUUAUUGCCUGAGGGUUCCUCUUGAGUUAGUGACACAUCUGCCUGAGUCUGGGAGGCUUCUUCUUCAGUUUGUGCGGCAUCUGCCAAAGUCUGGGAGGAAUUCUCCUCCUUAGUUGAGGGUACCUCUUGGGUUUGAGACACAUCUGCCUGAGUCUGGGAGGUUUCUCCCUUAGUUUGUGUGGCAUCUGCCAAAGUGUGAGAGGAAUUCUCCUCAUUGGUUGAGGGUACCUUUUGGGUUUGUGACACAUCUACCUGAGUCUGGGAGGUUUCUUCUUCAGUUUGUGUAGCAUCUGCCAAAACUGGGGAGGAAUCAUCCAUUUUGCUGGGGGCUUCUUCCUGCUCUUCUGAGGCAUCAGCUUGAGUCUGGGAGUUUUCAUUCAAUUUGCUUGAGCUUACUCCAUCAUUUUCAUUUUCAGGGAUUUCCAUUUUGCUUUUAG